GCGGAUUAUUGACCGAAGAUAUUGCGAUUCGUCACGAUUGGGCUCAAUUUUGCUGCUUUUUGCUUUUUGCAACAGCCGACACACCCUUGUUCAGCGCAGCAACAUCACGACUGCAGAGAGCAAAGGCGAGCACACAAGUGGACAAUGAUGGCGCUGCCGAUGCUGCGGCCUCGCGCUGUGGUACUGCUGGCAGUGGCAUGGUGUUUGGCGGCAAGCACCGCUGUGUCUCACGCACAAGAGGACUGCUCCUUCACCGUGAAGCAGCGCACCUACCACCUUGCCGAUCUCCGGGGCGACCCAAGCUCGUAUCAUGAAGUGGACAACCAGCGCUUGAAGGUGGAGGCCGACGUGACGCUGUGCCAGGGGUUGGGCGUGAGCGGCUGCCAGGGUGCGGUCGUGUGCAUCCGCAAGCUGGACGGCAGCAACCCAACACCCGCCGGUGACCCGAGCAACGGCACGUUUGAGCUCGUCGAUCCCACCGACCCGGACUUUGGCGCGCGCCUCAUUUACCCGCCAGCCCAGGGCCAGACCCUCGGCGUGCACUUUGUGUUUACGUGCGGCGUGGGCGUGGGCGAGCCCGUGCUGAUGGAGCGGUUUGACGAGGACGCGAGUGACCACGGGUACGCGUACUACGUGGUGCAGUGGGCGACGGACGAGAUGUGCAGCGGAGCGCCGCCGGCGAAGCAGGAGAACUGCCAGGCCACGGACACCGCGACGGGCACCGAGUACGACCUAUCCGCGCUCGUGCGCAACAAGAACAACUGGGUGGCGGUGGAUGUGUUGGAGAGCAACAAGCACCACUACGAGAUCAACGUGUGCCGCUCGCUGGUCAUCACGGACGAGAUCAAGGGCACCACGUGCGAGACAAACGAAGGCACCGCCAUCUGCAAGAGUGACGUGCAGCCUGAUGGCACGCACACCCACUCCAUGUCCCUCGGCUGGUCCGCCAAGCCCAUCUUCAGAGCAGGCAAACUCAGCAUCGAAACCAGCUUUGGCGACGAGUGCCCUGCGGGCUUCAAAUCCGACGCCGUCAUCGACUUUAUCUGUGACGUCAACGCUGGAUCGGGCCACCCGACGCUGCGGGAGGUCACGGACCAGUGCCUGUAUGUGUUUGCGUGGCGCUCCUCUGUGGCCUGUCCCGUCAAGGACGAGACGGGGAACAACUGCAAGGUCACCGACAAGGCCACAGGCAAAACGUAUGACCUGACGUCGCUCAACCUGAACAAGAAACCGUACACCAUUGCCGCCGACGACUACACAUACGAAUUCAACGUCUGCGGCGACAUCCCAGCUGGCGGUCACCACGACUGCGUGGCCACGGGCGCGUGCCAGAUCCCCAAGGACGGCAGCCACGUGUACAACCUCGGCCAGGCAAACCCGACUCUCACGUAUUCGCGGGAGACGUUGACGCUGGAGUACACGGGCGGCGACCCCUGCGGCGGGCAGAGGAGGAAGACCAUCAUCACCUUCCACUGCACAGACGGAGAUGACAAAUAUGAAGUUGUUGAGUCGACGCCGUGUGUGUACGAGAUUGAAUUCUUCACUGCCGCCGCCUGCGGUCUCGACAGCGAUUUGCUCGAGUGCGUGGUGACGGACGACCAAACCGGCGAGCAGUACGACCUCUCAUCCCUGACGCGGACCGGCGGGUCCAAUUGGCGGAUGGCGAAGGAUUCGCAUACGACGGACGAGAUUGAGCUGAACGUGUGUGCGCCGCUCGUGUACAGCGGUGACACCGCCGCCUGCCCGGCCGACGCCGCCGUCUGUGGCAUCUCGGGCAUCCCGAACCGCCCCGCCAAUUCGCACCUCGGCCUUCCUGCGGACCCUGUCGUGCGCGAUGGCAUCCUCACCAUCGACUUCCCGGCGAAAGACGGACAGUGCGGCGCCACCACCCUCCUCCUCCACUGCAGCGACACACAGGAUGCGCCGCAGCACCUGAUGACAUCUGAUGACGGGUGCAGUGUGACGCUGCAGUGGAACACGCCGGCCGCGUGUCCGCUCAACGCCGCGUCUGGGCAGAACUGCAUGGUCACAGACCCAGACACCACGGUUGACGGCGGUGAAGAUGGGUCGACGUACUUUGUGAGUCUGUGCUCCCCGCUGGAUCGCACGGCAACGUGUGCCCACGGCGACAACGCCGCGUGUGUGUCGCACAAGACGGAAUCGCACGGCAUUGGCCAGGCAAACGACGUCCUCCACAUCCUCGAUGGCACCCUCUUCGCAAAGUACACCAUGGGGGUGUCGUGCGAGGACGGCAACGAGCUUAGCUCAACCGUGAUUCUGUUUGAGUGCGACCCGUCGUACACUGGUGAUGAGGACAAUGCCCUGUACUUCAGCCGUCGCGAUCAGGACUCCUGCACCUUUGAAUUCGUCUGGAAGACCCGUCUCGCAUGCGAUGCGCCCACAUUCGAGUGCAUUGUUGAGGACGAUGAUGGCAACGUGUACGACCUGUCGCCGCUCGCCAAACCGCAGUCCAACUGGCUGGCCACGGGCAGCGAUGGCGCCUCGUUCUACGAGGUCAACAUCUGCCGCACCAUCAACGACAAUGUCGGCUCGUCCUGCCUCCGCUCGCGUGACGCCGCCUGCCAGCGCACUCCAAGCGGCUCAUACGCCCUUGGCAAACCCGCAGCGCCAAAGGCAAACUGGAAGGCGCUGGACACGCGCGACGACACGACGUACGAGUACGAGCUCAACGUGUGCCACAACCUCAUUCGUCCCGUCGACAACGACCCGACAGACAAGUGCCGCGGCGCUGCUGCUUGCCAGACGAAGCCCGGUGACACCUCGUUCCCAAACUACCCCAUUGGGCUGCUCGACUCCCCGCCGUCGCUCGUGCGCGGAAACAUUGAGCUCACGUACACCAUGGACAGUCUCGCGCCAGACAACUGCGGCUCCAACCGUCGCAAGGCCACCAUCACCUUCAGCUGCCUCCCCGGCACGCUGGGCUCGCCCAUGUUCGACUAUGAGGACGAGACGUGCCACUACUACUUUGUGUGGGAGACGUCUGCUGCGUGCAGCACGUGGACAACGGUUGGCAGCCAGUGCGAGGUCACCGACCCCAUCUCGCUGCUCACGUUCAACCUGCGCAACUGGGCGAGCGAGACGGGCGUGAUUGAGAUUGACGUACCAGACAGCACCGCGCAGCUGCUGAUUGCCGUGUGCGGCGUGGUCCCCAACUGCGACGGCGCCGGCGCGUGCCUCAUCUCGGAGAAGGGCGACCGCAUCAACAUUGGCAGCACGUCCCAGGCGCUGACGUUUGCAGACAACGAGCUGCGACUCACGUACAACAACGGCGCAAAGUGCCUGGAGGAUUCGAGCGCAAACAUGACCACCAUCCUCACGUUUGUGUGCCCGGACGACAUCAGGGCCAACACGACGCAAUACCGCGUCUACGACUGCAACACAUACGUGAUCAUCCCCACAGACCGCGCGUGCCGGCGCCGACGUGAGGCGUCGUGUGUGGUGACGGACCCGGACACGGGCGCUGCGUACGACCUGUCGCCACUGGAAAAGGCGGCAGAGUCGCACUCCAACUGGAUUGUGGACGUGAAAGACAAGAAGCACAAGUUUGAAUACAUCCUCAACGUCUGCCACUCCCUCAACGAGCAGGUUCCACCGACCGGCUGUGAUGAGACGGCGGGUGUGUGUCAGAUUGAGGGCGACAACCGCUACAACCUCGGCGGCGUCGCCUCCCCAUCCAUCGAGAACGGCACGCUUGUGAUCGAGUACACCAAUGGCGACAGCGAUCGCUGCCCGUGGGGCAAGUACCGCCGCACGCGCAUCGAGUUCACCUGCGACGAGACAGCUGGGCUUGGGCAGCCCGUGUACGUGUCUGAGGACGAUGAUCUGUGCGAGUACAUGUUCACGUGGGCGUCAUCGGCGGCCUGUCCCGUUCGCGCGCCCUCCGUCGGCGACUCCUGCGCCGUCACGGAUCCUGCCACGGACACGACGUUUGAUCUCAAUGACAUUGAUGCGUCCUCCCUGACUGCCACCGACGACAUGGCGUCAUACAAGUUUGGCCUCUGCUCCGCCCUCGGCGGUGGCUGUGCCGGCGACGCAGACUCGGGGCUGUGCAUGACACGCAACGGCGGCAGCCACGUGUCGCUGGGCAAGGCCAAUGGACACCUGAUGGUUCGAGAGGGCCUUGUCUAUCUCGUGUACCGCAACGGCAGCGACUGCCCUUACAGCCCCCACACGCCGUACUCGGCCGAGAUUCGCUUCGUCUGCCGCCCGUGCGAACCCGAUGAACUCAUCCCGCAAUCGGUCCAGGGCGUGUGCCGGACGUCGUUCACGUUCUUCACGGCCAACAGCGGCCUGUGCGGCGACAUCAAGGGCAAUUGCACGAGCCCCAACGGGCGGUCAUCCAAGCACGGCGCAAACACGGGCGCCGUUGCCGCUGGCGUGCUCAUCCCGCUGCUGUUGGUUGGCGGCGGCGCUGCAUUCUACUUCCUCUACUGGCGCCGCAGGAGCAGGCAGGUGGCGUUCAUGCCCAUGUCUGUUGUCAGCAGCCACUUUGACAACAACGACGCCUUUGAUGAGGACGCCGACGACGACGACCCGCUCGACCUGUAGAUCCUCCUCCUCCUCCUGUUGGGGUUGUCUGUGUGGUUGGUUGUGUGCGCGUGCGUGUGUGUGUCUGUGUGUGUGUGUGUGGUUGAUGUGUUGAUGUGUUGUGUGUGUGUGUGUGUGUGAGUGAUGUGUUGUCUGUGUGGCUGUUGUGUUUCAAUGUCGUGUUGUCUUAAAUGUGUGCUGCUGCUUCCAUUCUGUUUGAAGCCCACCAAUACAACCAAUUCUUGGCA